AUGAUGUUUGGAAGAAAGACCACGGACGACCAUGAGAGUAAACUCUCUUCGACACCAGCAGAUCAUGGCGAACCAAAACACGAAGAUACCGAAUCAGCCACACUACCAUCCACAAGCACGAGCCUCGAGGAACAACCCCAAGACGGAAUCACCGCUCAAGAACCACCAGAAGGAGGCUUAGUCGCGUGGCUAGCAGUCCUCGCAUUCUUCCUCGCAAUCAUGAACACAUGGGGCAUGAUAAUCUCCUUCGGCGUCUUCCAAACCUACUACGUAACCACGCUGCACCAAACCCGCUCCACAAUCGCCUGGAUCGGCUCCCUAGCCGUCUUCCUCCUCUUCUUCACCGGCAUCAUAAGCGGGCGCCUCACAGACGCCGGGUUUUACCGCUCCGUAACCUGCACGGGCGCUUUCCUCGUCGUGCUAGGCACAUUCAUGACAUCCCUCAGCGAGACGUACUGGCAAGUACUCCUUGCACAAGGCGUGUGUACGGGAUUGGGAAACGGGUGUUUGCUCACCCCCAUGUCGACGCUUGUUACGAGUUAUUUUAAGAGGAGGUUGCCGUUGGUGACGGGCAUUGCGGCGUGUGGGAGUGUGACGGGCGGGUUGGUGUAUCCGAGUAUGGUGAGGACGUUGUUGCCCAGUGUGGGGUUUGGGUGGACGUUGAGGGCGAUUGGGUUUAUUCAGUUGGGGACGUUUGCGGUGGCGUUGGUGGUUGGGCGGCCGAGGAAGGUGGUGAGGAAGAAGGGGCCGCUGUUGGAUGUUAGUGUGUUUAGGGAGACGGCGUUUAAUUUGCUGCUUGUGGGGUCUUUUUUGGCUUUCCUAGGAGUAUUCUUCCCGUUCUUCUUCCUCAGCUCGUACGCGCGAGAGAAGCGGGGGAUGUCGUACACUGAAUCUCUCAAUCUCACACUCGUUCUGAACGGCAUCGGCUUCGCAGGUCGACUGUUGCCCAGUCUGAUCGCCCGAUACUGCGGCACGAUGAAUGUCUACAUCACAUUCAUCUUCUGCUCUGCACUCUGCAUGUAUACCUGGGUCCCGGUACACUCGACUCCCGGGCUCUACGUAUGGACAACCUUUUACAGCCUGUCUGUAGGCGGAGUUCAGUCACUCUCCCUGGCUAUUGUUCCUAUCAUUAUCUCGGAUACAUCGAAGAUGGGUGCUUCGUUUGGCAUUGUGUUCGCGGCUAUUGGAGUUGGCGCAUUGAUAGGCUCGCCGGUUUGUGGUGCUAUCAUCACGUCGAGUGGAGGCUCGUAUACUGGUGCGCAGGCUUUCUCGGGGAGUGUGUUGGUUGCUGGAGGACUGAUCAUACUGGCUGCGCGCGAAGCGAAGAGGCGGCAGAAACAGGAAGACGUCUGGGUGAAGAUUCAGCGGAGACACCGUGCGCCGUUCCGACCGAUCGACACCCUCUCCUCCGCUCAGAAGCCCGCUCUCAAAACCCCAGCGGCCACCGCCCACGCCUACACGUCAGACGAUAGCGACUACCCUCACGAACAGUCGACCUCUCUACUUGGCGACUCGAGCAAUCUCUUUGACGAAAUCGAGCGCCCGGCGAGCCAUCCCACACAGAAGGAAGUCCUUCAGUCCCGCCUCAAGAUGGUGCGCGAGCGAGAGCCUCCCAUGGCUCAACCGCCACGCGAUGGAACAGCGGCGCCGCCUAAGCCUCUACAAGACCUACGAAACCCAGCCCCACAGUUUGGCGAGACAAGCCCGUUGAGGAACCCGCUGAAGAAGGACCGGAGCGAGCAAUUUGCACACCUCUUCAACAAACCCAAACCGGGCCAGAUGCGGCCAGAACACAGCCAGACGACUAAGCUGCCGUCUCAAUACUCGGCGCCUUCUAGGCCGUCACAGAGCUCAGCCUCGGGUGGUAGCAGGGACACGCUCAACCGACCCUUCAAAGUCCCUUCCGCACAGUCAGGUUCGCGCUAUAGCACAGCGUCUACCUCAUCGACCGGUUCCGACAUCUUUGAAAUCGAUGCCUCGCAGUUUCAGCCUCGCCCGUCUCAAGGUGCCCCAGUGCCCAUCCCACGGCCAUACAACCCACCACCAAAGACCAGCCAUCCUCCCCCGCGACCGAUUUACUCGUCCAUGGGCCACGCCGAUGGCUUCCAACCUUUGAACAAGGGCAUGCACAACCCGCUACAACAGGCGCGUCAGACAAUCAUAUUGGACGACGAAGACAACUUCGACCCAGACGCGGCUAUUCGAGCCGAGGGUGGACGGUUCGGCGAGCCCGACCCGUACGCGUAUGUCGACUCUGGUGCGGCAAGCGAGAACAUCAAAGCGCUGCUCGAGGGUGCUUUCGAGGAAGACGAGAAGAUCCCCAGGACGCGACUUCGUAAGAAGAAGAAGCAGCAAGAGGAUGACGCUGGCAAUUCCCUGGCGGACCGACUACAAGCGCUCGCCGUCAAGGAUGAAGAGGCCAAGGCAGAGGCUGAACCAGAAGAGGAAGAGGAAGAAGACGAUGGAACGGUCGAGGGUCUCAAGGUGAAGCUUCUGCCUCACCAAGUCGACGGUGUCGCGUGGAUGAUCGAGAAGGAGACCGGAAACCACAACAAGAAGGCCAAGCUACCCAAGGGCGGUAUCUUGGCGGAUGAUAUGGGUCUGGGAAAGACCGUGCAAUCCCUUGCCCUAAUUCUUUCCAACCCACGACCGGAGAAGGGUGUUGAGCCAGAGAAUAAGAAGAACAAGAUUUCCGACUCCACCGGCAAAGGCACUCUCGUCAUCGCUCCUCUGGCUCUGAUCAAGCAGUGGGAGGCUGAGAUCAAGAGCAAGGUUGCCAAGUCGCACGCCCUCAAGGUCCUCGUACACCACGGCCCCAACCGUACAGAGUCCGCUGAGAAGCUGAAGCAGUACGACGUCGUCAUCACUACCUUCAACAGCUUGGCUACUGACUUUGCGAAAUGCGGCGAUGGCCCUGACGGUUUGAAGAAGGGCUGUUUCGCCGUCUCGUGGUAUCGCAUCAUGCUGGACGAGGCACACACUAUCAAGAACCGCACAACGAAGAUGGCAAAGGCUUGCUACGAGCUUCGUUCGCAUUACCGAUGGUGCCUCACCGGUACACCGAUGCAGAACAACAUCGACGAGCUACAGAGUCUGAUCAAGUUCCUCCGUAUCCAACCGUACUGUGAGCUCUCUUCCUGGAAGGAGUCUAUCGCGCAGCCAAUGAAAAACGGUCGCGGAAACCUUGCCAUGAAGCGACUCCAAGUCUUCUUGCGUGCCUUCAUGAAGCGUCGUACAAAGGAUGUGCUACGGAAGGAGGGUGCUUUGAACUUCGGCGGUAAAGCCAAGGAGGGCGAGGAGCGCCCAGCCUUCCACAUCGUUGCGCGAAACGUCGAGACCAUCAUAGGAGAGUUCACGAACAAGGAGCGCAUUUUCUACGACCGCUUACGAGACCGCACACAAGCCCGGCUUGAUGAGAUGAUGGGCGGUGAGAAGCAGGAUUACAUUGGGGCGUUGGUGUUGCUGCUUCGUCUGCGCCAGGCUUGCAAUCAUCCUAAUCUGACGAAGAGCAACGUCAAGGAUGACAAGGAUGCUUUGACAACCGGUUCAAAGUCAAAUGCUGCAGCCGGUCUACAAACUCCGCGAAAGGCAGCCAAAGAUGACGCCGAUGAUCUUGCAGAUCUCUUGGGCGGCCUCAGCGUUGCGACUAAGCGCUGUGAUAUCUGUCAAAACACACUUAACAGUGACAACACAGCUGCUGGCGGAGUACGUUGUACAGAGUGCGAGGAAGAUCUGAACGGAUCUGUCAAGAAGAAGCACAAGUCGAAGAAACACCGCAAACACAAGCACAAGGACGGCAAGAGCAAGAAGCACCGGCAACCGAAGCCAGUCGUGGACUCCGAUGACGAAGAAGACGCGCCGCAAUCAACCGCAGCAAAGCACUCUCGCAACCGUCGCGUCGUUGUCGACAGUGACGACGAAGAAGAGGAAGGCGAGUGGCUCGUCCCUGAAGAUCAACAGCAGGCUGAAGACCUGGGCAAGGCUGGCGGUACCGACGAUGAGAACGCAGAAGGCGGUGGCGAUACUCUUGCUACUGUGGACUCUGACGCAUCCGAGACUGAGGAUGAGAGCAAGAGCAACCUUGACUCGUUUGUCGUUCACGAUACCGACAGCGAGGACGGCGCGCCUGUUUCUCGUAAGAAGCUAGCGAAGAAGCCACAAAAAGUCAUUAGUCUCGACUCUGAUGACGACGAGGCUGAUAGCGAGAGCGAGAAUGGCAGCGGCAGUGACAGUGAUAGUGGCUCAGACGACUCUGCAACCGAUUCAGAAGAAGGCGACUCAGACUCAGACUCCGAAGCCUCAGAGUCUUCCUACAACGCCUCCGACCUAGUCCCCUCCACCAAAAUCCGCCAACUCCUCGCCAUCCUCGAAAAAGAAACCGGCGAACACAAAGUCAUUGUCUUCUCCCAGUUCACAUCCAUGCUCGACCUCAUCGAGCCCUUCCUCAAGCGCGCAGGCUACAACUUCACCCGCUACGAUGGCAGCAUGCGCAACGACCUCCGCGAAGCCAGUCUGCAGAAGCUGCGUGAAGAUAAGCGCACGCGUGUUUUGCUGUGUAGUUUGAAGUGCGGGAGUCUGGGGCUUAAUCUCACGGCUGCGAGUCGGGUGGUUAUUAUGGAGCCGUUUUGGAAUCCGUUCGUAGAGGAACAAGCAAUAGACCGCGUCCACCGCCUCAACCAAACCGUCGACGUGACCGUCUACCGCCUCUCCAUCCACAACUCCGUCGAAGAACGCAUCCUCGAGCUGCAGGAAGCCAAGCGUAAACUCGCUAACGCCGCCAUCGAAGGCGGUAAAGCCAUCAAAAACCUUACGAUGAAGGACAUGAUGGCGUUAUUUAGUCGAGAGAGUGAGUAUGAUCGCAGGCAUGAUGAUGAUGCUAAGGAUAUGGAGUUGUAUGGGAGGAGGAAGGUUUUGGAUGGGGAGGGGGAGGCGGAUAGGGGAGAGGAUAUUGGGGAGGCUGGGGGGAGGAGGAGGAAGGCGGGGAGUUUGGGGUUUAAGGCGGUUAAGAGGACGGAGAGGAGGGAUGAGGGGGGUGCUUAUGGACGGCGUUGA